AUCAAUAUGUAUGUGGACGUUCACUGUUUAAUCAUUUUGAAAUCAACAUUGUAAUUGGAGACAAUACAUUAUAUCACUUUAUCAAAAACAAUGUUUAGUUAAAAUGUAUACGAAAAGACCUGGUAAAUGGGUCAAAAGAAUUGUAGGAUUAUUAGUAUGUCUAAACCUUGUCAUGGCAUUAUAUCUCUCUAUGUCAUACAGUUUUGUAUCAGUGGUCAAAGAAGAGGACAAUUCGGGAUAUAUAAAAGCCACGACCAAGAUGAGAAUUGAAGAAGGGACCAAUGAUGGAAUUAACUCCAAUGAUCCUGCAUACUCACCUAGAAGCCCACGGGUGCUCUGUUGGGUGCCAUCAUUCCCCGACUCUCUCCACAAAGCCUGGGCAGUGAACAACACAUGGGGGGAAAGAUGCGAUAAAUUCUUGAUAUUUAGUUCAACGGACAACAACACAUAUGGCGCAAUAGGUUUAAAUGUGUCGGAUAAAUACUCAGUGCUCGUUCUGAAAGUCCGAGCAGCAAUGACUUACAUCUAUGAGAAUCAUUUCAAUGAUUUUGAUUGGUUUAUGAAGGCUGAUGACGACACUUUCGUCCUUGUUGACAAUUUGAGAUACUUCCUAAAAGACAAGAACUCAUCAGAACCUGUCAUGUAUGGUCAUCAUUUUGUACCAUAUCUCCCGGGUGGAUACCUAAGUGGCGGGGCAGGGUACGUGAUCAGCAAGGAAGCCCUGAGGAGGUAUGCAGAAGAGGGUUUGCAUAGUACUUGUAGGAUGAUUGAGAAUGCAGAAGAGGAUAUUGAAACUGCAAACUGUUUAUCAAAACUAGGUGUAAAAAUUGGAGAUUCUCGAGAUAGUACGGGACGAAGUAGAUUCCAUUGUUUUGCUCCGGUUCAUGCCAUUCUGGGCUGGUUCCCAGACUGGUACAACGAGUAUGAUAAAUACAAUGCAACAUAUGGACUGGACCAGAUAAGUGACAGGCCAAUAUCUUUCCAUAAGAUUAGAUGGUCUCAGAUGUUUGGUUUGGACCUAAUGCUUUACCAUGUGGCGAAACAUUAACAGUGACAGGAUCUGACUUCACCCCAUGACAUCUAGUCACAAAGUAAUCGGAUCUACUCCGGACUUACAAACAUCAGGCCCAAGAAUGCAGUAUGACCAGUGACCUAUAUUCAACCAGAUAUGCUGCUUGACCAUUGAGAUACUGUAGGACGAUCGUAUAUGAUUUGGCUCAUGCUACACGUAGGAAUUAUGAUUCCUACCCAAGGCAAAAGGUUGGGCGCGCCGAUGGCUGAUAUUUUAAAUAUACGUAGACCAUAUCGACUUGAUGGCUUAUUUGUAUUGAUGAAAUCAAGUUGGACACGACAGUAUCUAGGGUACCAUUAGGGGCCUCCGGCUGUAUUGCGUUUUUCACAGGGUGAACGGCUAAAUUCACAUCCAUCAUGUACAUGCCUUUUGUCUGAAACAAUAUAAUGUAAGAGAUCUUGAUGUGCAAAUAAGAUCGAUGCGGCACAUUUUCGUAUUGUGCACGUUAAAAAUAUAUAAUAUACAACACUGGGUAUUGAAUUGGUUCAAAAGUAGGUAAUAUUUUGU